AUGGCUGCUAUUAGCUUGCUUAAUCCUAAAGCCGAAUUUGCUAGAGCUGCACAAGCCCUAGCCGUAAAUAUAUCUGCUGCAAAAGGUAUUCAAGAUGUAAUGAGAACAAAUCUUGGUCCAAAGGGAACAUUAAAAAUGUUGGUCUCAGGAGCUGGAGACAUUAAAAUUACAAAAGAUGGAAAUGUCUUGUUACAUGAAAUGCAAAUCCAGCAUCCUACAGCUUGUCUUAUUGCAAGAGCCUCCACAGCAAUGGAUGAUAUGACAGGUGAUGGUACCACUUCAACAGUAUUAGUAAUUGGUGAACUAUUAAAACAAGCAGAUUUGUACAUUUCUGAGGGUUUACAUCCCAGAGUUUUAACCGAAGGUUUCGAUCAAGCCAGAGCCAAAACAUUAGAAUAUUUAGAUGAGUUAAAAAUUCCAAUCGAAGUUGAAAAGGAAAGUUUAAUGCAUGUAGCAGGAACUGCAUUAAAAACAAAAUUACAUCAUUCACUUGCAGAUUUGUUGACUGAGGUUUGUGUCGAUGCAGUUUUAUCAAUUUACACUCCUGGGCAAGAUAUCGAUUUAAAUAUGAUUGAGAUAAUUGAUAUGCAACAUAAAACAGCUACAGAAACAAGCCUUGUUAAAGGUCUUGUUCUAGAUCAUGGUUCAAGACAUCCUGAUAUGCCUAAAAGAGUUGAAAAUGCCUACAUAUUAACUUGUAAUGUUAGUAUGGAAUAUGAAAAAAGUGAAGUAAAUUCUGGUUUUUUUUACAAAACUGCUGAAGAGAGGGAAAAAUUAGUAUUAGCUGAGAGAAGCUUUAUCGAAGCUAGAGUUAAAAAAGUUGUCGAAUUAAAAAAGAAAUUAUGUGAUGGAACGGAUAAAAAGUUUGUCGUUAUUAAUCAAAAGGGCAUUGAUCCAAUGUCAUUAGAUUUAUUAGCAAAAGAAGGUAUUAUUGCUUUACGUAGAGCUAAAAGGAGAAACAUGGAGCGUCUUGCUCUUGCUUGUGGUGGUGUUGCCUUAAACAGUUUAGACGAAGUUGGAGAAGAACAUUUAGGUUGGGCCGGUCUCGUUUACGAACAUGUUUUGGGUGAAACCAAAUAUACUUUUGUCGAAGAAUGCAAAGUUCCAAAGAGUGUUACCAUUGUUGUCAAGGGUCCAGACAAGCAUUCUUUAAUUCAAAUCAAGGACGCCAUCAGAGAUGGUACUCGUGCAAUCAAAAACGCGAUCGAUGACAAAGCGUUGGUUCCGGGAGCUGGAGCUUUUGAAGUUGCCGUCAAUAAAAAAUUAUUGGCCUACAAGGACACAGUUAAGGGAAAAACAAGACUAGGUAUUCAGGCUUUUGCCGAGGCAUUAUUAAUCAUUCCUAAAACUUUGGCCAUCAAUAGUGGAUUUGAUUCUCAGGAUAGCAUGGUCAAAUUGACCGCAGCAGCCUACAAUGGAGCAGUUGUAGGUUUAGAUUUGGAAACAGGGGAACCAUUAAUGCCAGCCGAUAGAGGAAUAUAUGAUAAUUAUGUAGUUAAAAAACAAAUGAUUAAUUCAUGCUCUGUAAUUGCAAGCAAUUUGUUAUUGGUUGAUGAAAUCAUGAGAGCCGGUCUUACAUCUCUAAAGGCACAAUAA